CUAUAUUCGUGUUGCUGUAAGAGGAUUGAUUUUUAUCGCAGAAAAAUUCUUGAUAUUUGUAAGAAGAAUGGAAUUUUUGCUAAAUGAAACUAUAUUAGCAAAAAUAUCAACAGAAAAAUGUACACAAGCCUGUGAAAAUGCAAAAUGUGGCUUCAAUAGAAAAGAUUGUACAGCAGAUGUUGAUGAAAGCAGUUCACAAGAGAAACCAAUUGAUACUAAGAAAAACUUGGAUGAUUUUCAAAAAGAAAAUGAGCAACUUGUAACAGUUAAAGGUGUAGAUACAGAGGUCACCGAAGGAACAUUUGAAUUAAUAGAGGGAAAAUGUAUAAAUUCCAAUGAAACUGAAAAGAUUAAAAAAUCUAGCAGUAAUUCCACAGAUAAUAUUGAUGAUUACUAUAGAACAUCAGAGUAUGCUGAUUUACAUCAGGAAAUGCCUGAUAAUGACAGUCAAAAUUUGAAAACUCAGAUGGAAGAUAUGUGUGAGCAGGAAAAUAGUACUUUUACUUCAUCUGAUAAUGACCAAAACAGCUUGUGUGAAAAAACAGAGGAAGCGCAUAAUACUUAUGUUUAUCAAGAAGAAAAUGCAUGUGCUGAUAUGUUGAAUACAGAUAAAGAACAGAUGAAUUCUUCUCUGAAUGAUUUUAACAAUGAUUCACAAAGUUCUUCAAUUUUACCCCAAAAGCAAACAUUUGACACUAGUUUUGUAAGUAGAAAUAGUCUUCAUUCCAGUCCAGGAGUUGAAAAUAAUCAGGACAUUUGUUUGAAAACAGAAAAGGAAAAUCAAGAUGAAACAGUACCAAAAUUGUCAAUUGAUGAAUUGUCAGAUGAAGAACAGAUACAUGAUAAUUGUCAGUCUAAUGCCAUUUAUUGUACUUCAAAUGGUAAUGUAGUUCAGAUGUGCUCCGAUGAUUUUCAGAAUUUAAAAAGCAAUUCAGUUUGUACAUCAAUAGAGAUUUCCAGAAGUUCUGAAUUGGGAAUAGUGAGAGAAUCACAGAAAAAUGAUAAACCAAAGGUAUGGAAUGAAAUGCUUGGAGGUAUUUUGGUUUCUACAGUUGAAUGUCCUGAUAGUGAUGAAAGUUUUACCAAGUCCUAUGUAUCUGGAGAAAGCCUGGAAUCAGAUUCUUUAAAAUCAGAAAAAUUCCAGUCUUCACUGAGAUCAUCAUCAGACAGUUUUGUCAGCCAAUGUUCAGUUCAAAGGCCAAAUCAAGCAGUAAAUUAUGUAUCUGCUGCAAACCUAUCUGGAAAUGUUACAUCUUCUAUAGAUUUCACUGGAAAAAAGUCAUCAACCAUCAAUCUGCAAGAAAAACAAGAAAAGAAAUUGUUAGUGAAAAGUUGUACUGGUACUCAGAAAAUAGUAUUUUCAAAAUGUAAUGAUAAUGAAGCACCAAAAUGUGGGAAAGCUGAACAACAAAAAAAGGAAAGAGUAAUUAAAAGAAACCUCAAUAAGUUUUUUGAACAUGCUGGAAGGAGGAGGCAUAGAUCAGUUAAGAGAAUUUUAAGAAGAACUAUUGGUCACCAUAGAAGAGUAAGAUAUACUGGUAUGGAAAUAUAUCCAGCUUUAAACCCUGUAACACAAUUCCCUGCUAGAACAGAUAUAGGAACAGACAAUUCAGAAACGGAAACCCGCCAACAGAACCAUACUGUUGGAGGAGCAAACGCUGCAUCAAUCAAUAUAUUCCGACCUCCUACCACUUCAUUUGAGCCACCUAAUAAAACUUCAUUACAACCAUACUUUACAAGAGUUCUAAAUGGAGCAGAUGUUACUUCUGAAGAACAAAUGCAGUAUGAAAUGUUAAGGGUACAGAGCUUUCAAGACCUUCCAGCAAGUUGUCCCGUUAGUCCUUUAAAAAUGGCUAAAACAGGUUUUUUCUCAUCUGGAAAAAGUGGUGAAGUGACAUGUUUUAGCUGUGAUGUGCGUUACAAAAAUUGGAAAAAAUUUGACAACCCACAGGAAGUACAUAGGAGAAUAUCUCCUGGGUGCAGUAUGGUGAAUGGUAGAGAAUCUAGAAAUAUUCCAGUAAGUCCACAACAAAAUGGGAUUAUAUAUUCUGAAAAUCAGGACACACUUGCAAAUGUAGCAAUCACUAAUGAAUUCCAAUCACAGGCAAAUCAAGAUGGAGGUUCAAGUAUACAGACAAAUGGACAUGCAUCAUAUCAAAGUAACAUACAAGCAAGAAAUCAGAUAUCUAAUAACAAUGUGGCAGAUUCUACAUCUCGACAACAGCAACCAUACGCAGUACAAGAGGCAAUGAGACAACCUGCAGAAAUACAACAAUCAAUUAGACCACCGUCUGUUGACAGAGCCCAUUCUGUCUUAGAGGGAGAACAGAACAGACCUGCACACAGAGACAUGGCUGAGGAUUUGGGUAUUACAUUAGAAAGACCAAAGUAUCCAGCUUAUGCUCAACUGAAUGUUAGAGUCAGUACAUUCCAGGGUUGGCCUGGAUACUUAGAUCAGGCUCCUAGGGAUAUGGCACUGGCAGGAUUUUUCUAUGCUGGAUACAAUGACUAUUGUAGAUGUUUCUUUUGUGGAGGAGGGUUGCGUAACUGGGAUGCUGGCGAUGACCCUUGGGUGGAGCAUGCCAGAUGGUUUUCAAAAUGUCCAUUUGUUAGACAAAACAGAGGCCACCGAUUCGUUGAAAUCAUUGUUAAGAGACAAGCUGAAAUGCAAGCGUCAGGUGCAUCAGGUAGUGCUAAGAACCAGACAGCAGUGACAACACAGAGUGAAAUUGAAGCUAGACCCCAAGUUACAUCACAAGGGACAACAGAGACACAGACAACUCAAUCUGAAACAGCCAGUUCCAACAGAGACCCUGCUACAGAAAGUGUUAGAGACAUGGGAUAUACAGACGAGAUGAUAAAAAGAGCUAUUGACAAUAUUAAACAAAAUAAUCCAGGCAAAGAAAAAAUUGAGGCGACAGAAAUUUUAGAAAUGAUUUUCACAAUAGCUGAUGAUGAUACUACCACCCAGACUAAUACAGCUGUUGUUUCAGAGAACACACCAAGUUCUGCUUUUAGGUCAUCACAAGCAAGCAUACAGCCAAGUGUUAGAACAACAACAAGUCAGGCACACACAGCAACAUCAAGUGUGCCAGCCAGUACAUCAGAAAGUUCACUCCCAUCAUUAUCUGUCAGCUCGUUGGAAACAGCAAAUGCUGCUGCAUCAGGAGGCAAACAUCAACAGUCCAGUGCAAGUAAAGAGAUAACUGAAAAUGAAAUUAGGUCUUUACAAGAGGAGAACACACAACUGAAGGAGCAAGUUAUGUGUAAAAUAUGUAUGGAUAAGAAUGUAUCUAUUGCUUUCUUACCAUGUGGUCAUCUUGCGUGCUGUAUCGACUGUGCUCCUGCAAUGAGGAAAUGUCCAAUGUGCAGGGUUUAUAUAAAAGGAACAGUAAAAACAUAUCUUGCAUAAGUGCAGGGUGUGGCAAAAGCUUUAUUUAAAAGUACAAAUGCAUAAUGUUUAGUUUGCUUUGUAAUGCACAAUUCUUCCUUCCUUACUUUAACUGUUUUAUCUGUAUUGCUAUUAUUAUAAAAUCCAUGCACAUCUCACCUUUAAACUCUGCUUCUGAUAAAUGUGUGCUCUUUUUUUUAAAGAAAAAGUGUGUUUUUUUUAGUUUAGAAAAUUAUAUGCAAUUCAAUUAUCAAUUAACUUUCUUUUUGCACAAGUUUCAGUAUAUUGAAUAUUUUUGUUGCCAUGCCACAUGAAGAUGUCAAUGAUUAGUUCCAAGUAAUAUGCAAAAUUUUGACUGAAAAAGCUAGAGUUUACAUCUAUGUUGACUUCUUACUCUGACUUGGCUCCAAAAUGUUUAGAUAUCUGAUGUUAUGUUGGCUAUUUUAGAAUGACAACUAAUCAUUUAUGUCUACCACAAUACAUGCCCAGGUAGUUUUGAAACCAUAGUAUUGAGUAAUAACUUUCCACCCUUUUCUUCAACAUUAUUGGGUCAAUAUAUAUGCAUCCUUUUUCUUCAGCAUUAUUGGGUUAACUAUGUAGAAUCAUUUUAUUAAUAUUUCAACUUGUUUCCCAUACAAAAAAGUCAAUCUUUAUCAAUUAAUUGGCUUAGAUUUCUCAUAUCAAAACAUUUUUCUUUUUAUGAAAGAAGGUACUGCUUUUUUGAUGAAUAUUUAUCCUCUGUUUUAUCCAAGACAAACAGUUGAGAUUGUUAAGUUGUGUUUGGCUUAAUGAAGAAAAAUAAAUAACACUAUUACCUUUAAAUUGCAUUUAAACAUUUUGUGAGAUGUUAUUGAUUGAAAUUGUCAGUUAUGUGGUGUAAAAUUGCAAUGAAUGUUAUUAAGAAUUAAUUAAAUCUGUAUUGGAAUUUGCACGCAUUUAGACUUCCUGUUUUGGCCUGUCAAGACAUGUUUGAUUAUCAAAAUGGAAAGCCCAAGGUAUAUAUGCCUUUGCCAAUAUUGAAUUAAUCAACUUAAGUGCCAGUCUGCCUAAGAAUCACGCAGAGGCGAAAACAUGACCAAAAAACCCCACGCAAUUUGACAUUGAUUUCAGUUCAUAAAAUGUAGUUAUGCACAAAAAUAACAUUUAUUCCCGUUUUCUGUUCUGGUAAUAGAAGAUACAAUGUGGUUGAAAUGCACUAGAAAUUAAGGAAUAAGGGAAGAUAACUCUGUAAUAUGCUAUAAUUUGCUAUCAUUCUAACCAAUUUUCUAACCAAGUUAUUUGAUAUUACCAGACACACACAAAAGAAAGACCAAUUUAUUUUAACUCAGGACGAUGGUUAGUAUUAAAUAGCAUGAUUAGCUCUGGGUUUUUUAUGAUCAUGUUUUGAUUUUUACCUAAAUUGCCUGAUUCUUACAAAGACUGGCACUUAAUCCUUUCAUUCAUUGAUUUUGAAACAGACAUGAACAAAUUAAAGUCAACUUAUGACAUCCAAAUUUUCAACUGUGGAGGGUUUACUAUUUUUUUUGUCAGCAUGUGUGUCAUCCCUAUGUUGUCGCCAGUAUAGCGUCUUUAUUCUUGUCAGAUCCUCUUUAAAUUAGGUUGGAGGCUGCCGCUCAUUUAAACCUCUCAUGAGUUUGAUAACUAGUUAAAGCAGAAUAGCGGGGGCCAUUUAUGCAAAGGGGAAUUUUAAAUAACUGCUCAAAAGAUAUGCUUGAAACUUUCCAUUCAAUAACAGUUUUUAUUGAGUUCAAUGAUUUUAAAAUUGAAAGAGGGGGGGUCAUUUUUCAGAAGGGGACUUGCAAAAAUAAUUGCACUGCUACUUUUCAUCUAGUGCAACACAAAAUUGCUGAUCACUUAAAUCAAAUUCAUAGAUUCAUACAUUUAGAUAUACCCACAAAAAAAUUAUUCCAGCAGGUAACCAUGAGCUGCUCCCUUCCAUGACUGGUUGGAAAACCAGAUAAUGAAAUUUAUAAGUACCAUUAAAUUGAAAACAAAUAACAUUUUCCAAUGAAAUUAACUUUUAAUUUACCAAUCCAUUCAAAAAAAAAAAAAAAUCUGUCCUAGAAUUCUCAUAUGGUCAUUAUAAAGGAAUAAUAUAGAAUACAGGUUAAUGAUUUAUUCAGAAUAUUCAUCUAAAUAAAAUAGAAAAUUACUCGUAUAGAAUUAUUUCUACUUUAUAUCAUCACUGUUUCUUUCUAUUUGCACCGCAUUUGUAAAUCAUCUGCUGUAAAUAUUUGCUUAUUUCAUUUUAGAAUUAACAUGACUGGUACUAUCAACAUUAAUUCUACUCAAUUAAGCAGCAUGUAAUAACAACUGCAAACCACAAUGUAUUGUUAAGUCGUAACUUUGUUUAAAUAAAAAAAAAAAAAACAUACAUCCUUGUUGGGUAGAUUUAAUGAAGUAUCUAUCCCUGCAGGUCCUUCAGUUAGCAUUUUGAUAAGCCUUAAACAAUACUGGUUAACUAUAGUUUCAUUUUAGUAACUUAAGAAACUUUUGACAGUAAAUGUAUGGUUUUAAUGCUUAUUUAUAACGUUCAAAUCUGUAAAGGAAUUGCAUUGUUAGAUAUUUAUUUCCAGUUUAAGACAAUUGGAACAGUGUACAUUUAUAAGAGUAAAUUAGCGUAUAAAUGAAUGCAUGUCAUUGUUGAUCAUCAUAUGCAGUGAAGCAUAAAGCAGAGAUUUGGCUGAAUAAACUAUAAAAUCAAUCACAUAUGAUCAUGUAUUGUAUUUAUAUUUGUGUUUUGUGUGAACACGAUUUAAAGAUUGAUUUCAUUCAAGUUUGUUACAGAUUUUUUUCAAUGUUUCAAAUGCUUUUUUGUGUUGGUUUUACUUGGAAAUGUAAAACCAGAACAUAGGAAAUAAUGAGCAUACAUGCUGAACCUAAUGUUAAGUGACACGUUAUGAAAAUGUUUUAUUGAAACUAAUCUGUGUAUAUGACAUGUAAAUGACUUAUCUGUAAAUGACUGGAUAUUGAAAGUACCAGUCAAACAUUUGGAAAUGAAUAAAGCUUUUGCCAUGCCCUUCACUUUGCUAUCGUGUAUGAAUGUGUAUGGGUGUUGUGUAUAAAUGUGUGUGUGUGUGUUGAUACAAUGCCCUACACAUUAGCAUUGUGUAUUAAUGUGUAUGGGCGUUGUUGUCUAUAAAUGUGAAUGUGUAUGUUGAUGCAAUGCUCUACACAUUGGCAUUGGUAUGUGUGUUAUUUUGCUUAUGUGUGGAUAUGUGUAAACUUUGUCUGUUCUUUCCUUACUUUUGUGCUCUUUAACUGGAAAUUUCAUCUUACCAAUUUCAUAGAUUAUUUACCAAUUUGAUAUAUUCGAUAAUGGGGUAAUUCAGUCAUCAAUAACAUUAUCAAACUUCAUGGAAUUUUACAAAAUUAGAACAGAUCAAAGCUUGUUUAUGAACAGAUCAAAAUUUUUAAAUAUUUUUUUUCGUUUUUCUGUAUUUUACUGCUAAAUAGACUUUUAACAUUAUCAAGUAAAUACUGUCUUGGGUUCAAGUUUGUUACACACCAAUUACUUUUCAAAACUUCAUAGAAUUUUAUGAAACUGACAGAAUCCUUUUUAUAAUAAAGAGAUAUUGUCCAUAGAUAACUUUUGAAAAAAAUAAUCUGUUCCAGUAUUUUUCUGAUAGACUUACUUUUCUACAGUUAAAAUUUACAGACAGUCCAGGAAUUACUUUUUGAAUUGAUUAAUUUGUAAAUUUUCAUUGAUUGUAAUGAAAUUUGUAAGUAGUUGUAAUCAGCUUAACUCUUCCAUACCAACUGCAGCUGUCACAAGCAAGACACAGAGUUCAGAGGGAAUACAAACUGUAUUAAAAUGAUAACCAUUCCAAAACCUUCUUCAUGCAUUAUUAUGGAAAAGGUGAAGGAUGUAAUUCAGUGCUUCUAUAUUAAGUUUUAAUAUAAAUAUUCUUGUGUAGUUUAUCCCUUGACUAUUUGAAGUUCUCUAAUGAUACGUAUACACCCCUCUGCUAAAUGAACAUUUAUUUUGGUUUUGCUUUCUCGAAGUAUUAGUUACUUUUUGAUGAAUUUAGCAUUCUAAAACUUUUUUCUUUUAAUUAUUUUUUUGGUAAAAAAAACGUUUUUUCAUAGGUUUCCCUAAAUAACAACCACAUAGCAGUUUAUAAAAACUAGUAUUUAUUUAAUUUAUGUGUGAACCACUUCCAUUGAAGUUGGAGUCGCUGCCUUUGUUCAUCAAUAUUAAAGUUGCAAGUUAAGUUUCUUUUCAGGUAAAGACAAAGGUCUCACUUGAUUAUUGUUCCAAAUUCUAGAAGAAAGGUGGAAAAUUGUAUGAAUGAUUGAUUGAUUGUUGUGUGCAUUUAGUCCAUAAUCAUGCUUGAUUAUCAGAUUUAAGUUAAUUGGGAUACUUUUUUGUGAGACAGCAAAACAGUUGGUGUGUGUGUGUGUGUUACUAUGUUUGUAUUUAAUAUUAGUUGACAUUAUACAGUAUUUUGACUGUGAAUAUCAUAUUUUGCCACAUGGUUCUGUUGUAGAUUAUUUUUUGUUAAUGUCCUUAAUUGAAAAAGGCAAAACAUGUUUGAAAAGUUUAAAUAUGAUAUUAUAUGAUUAAAUAGUAUGACAAUUUGACAUGGAAAUUUUCUGACCAAAUGUCAAUCUUGAUAUAAGAACAUCAAAUAUUUUUGUACAUAUAUAUGUUUCUGUAAUUAACUUUUUAAGAAAAGCUUGUUUGUGCAUAUGUUCAAAGAGUUACACCUCUUUUUGAAAAAAAACCUUAUAAUAACUGUUACUAACUGAAACCCCAGGUCUGAUAAUAACUAUUCCAUCUGUCCAUCCAAAAGACUUUUAAUAGGAAACUUUCAUCAUUUUUGUCUUGGCUGCAGAGAUUUUUCUUCAAACCUAACUUGCCUUCUUUGGAAGGGAAUAAUUUUAUAUUUGGUCUUAAUCUUGAUGAGGUUUAAAUAUUGUCUGUAUGCAAUUUUACAACACUCAUUAAAAAGGUCAAGUUGAGACAAAAUUUUCAUGACUUAGUAUCAGCCAUAUGAAACUUCUUCUCAUUUCUUAAUGGAAUCUGAAUGAACCUUGAAUUGUUUAUAUCCUAGUAUAUAAGAGAGCAUUGAGUAUGAUCCAGUUAAUUCUUAAAUUUACCUGGAAAAUUUGAUUGUUAAUAAUUGGAUUGUUGUUGGUUUUAGUGAUUUUUUUUUGAAACUCAGAAUGAUCACUGGGUUUUGUGGAUGUGUGUUUGUUUUUUUUGUAUAUUUUCAUAUCUCGUUGAAAUUUACCAAAUAAAAAAAAAUAAAAAAAUAUAUAAAUAUAUGAAAAAAAUGAACAUUCCAUGUAACUUUUAUUGAGUGAUAACUAAUAUAGCAAUAUCUUUAACUGUACAUUGCUAAAUAUAAUAGCAUCAUUUUCUGGAGUAUUUAUAAACAGCUUAUUACAAUAUAUAUUUUACCUGAUUCUAGAUUACUAUUUUUCCGUUUUUUUUAGUACUACAUACACAAUAUUUAUCCUUAAUUAAUGCACUAUCUAAUGAUCUAAUUUUAAACAUAUUUCUUUUAUAUAAUAGAUAUAGUCAAUAUUUAGUUUCUUAAGUUUAUCAUUUCCCAAUUUUUUAUAUGUAUUUUAUGUACCUAAAAGAUAAUAUCUUAUAUUAGCUUCAAUCCAUUUUGACUUGUUAACUUUCGAUGUGAUAUGAUUUUUAUUUGAUGUUGAAUUGAUGUAAUGUACAUAACUGCAACUAAAGUAUAGUGUAUUUGCUUUGCAUAAAAAUGAUAUGCUUUAUUCACUUUGUAAUGUUAAUAAACAAGUCAUGACUAA